AUGAAGCGCCUGUUUGGGCGGACGAAGAAGUUGGGCGCAGAACAAGAACAGCCAACUCCUUUGGCAGGCUCAGGUGUUGUGGGCACCACUCGGCCGCGUAGAGAUCGACAGCAAUCAUUGUUGAAGGAACCUGAACAAGGGUCUAUGGUAGCUUGUCUGGAACACAAAUCUCAGCGGGGAGAUGUGGAACCUAGCUCGUCAUAUUCUCUCAUGAAAUCGAACAAGAGCGACAAUAUGCCAUCCGCAGUUAAUGACGUCGAAGCCGGUGCAGGGGGAAAUGAAGUUACGUCAAAGAUUCCUGCUUCCAAUGGUCUGUCCGAUAUUUUUCAUCGAUUACGCUUCAGUGCUACAUCAUUCACGAAUGCAACAAAAGACAAAGUCGCAGCGUCGGGGACAGUCGCAAAUGAGACUGUCGCCCCGAUGCAAGGCCCCACGUCCAAGCAGCCAACGUACGAAGGCUUUCAAGGGAAGAUGCGGUAUCUGGCAACUGUUGUAUGUGGGGGAUGGUUCGUGUAUGUGCUUCUUUUCGCCAUUAUGGCAACAGGGCUUGCCUAUGGUGCUCUCAAUGAUGGAAAUUUUCUUGACUUUGUUGAUUGGGACAAAAACAUAAACGUUGCUUUCGUUGGAAACUCAUAUUUCUUCCUGAAUGACAUUCCGCGAUUGGUGGAAACCAUAGCCGACGGACACGUAUACCAAAACUCAGUGUUGCAUUCGGGAGGGUCUUUGGGCGGCCUCCUUGUCACUGGCAACGGCAUGUAUCCUCGGUGGCAAACCAACGAAGCAAUUUUAGAUAGCAGUUACAAGAACAGCUACGGAAAUUCCAUGACGCUCUACGACUACGGUCUUUGUACCGUCCAGCAAAUGCUGAACGGGUCGGAUUCAAAUGUGACGUACUUGAACCAAAAUUAUCAAAACUAUCUAACAUAUACAACAAAUCAACUCAGCCAGAACAAAGUAAAGUGGGAUUAUGUUGUAUUGGUGGACCAGACCAAGCGUAUGGCGAUUGAGUCGGCAAGAGAGGACACAACGUAUGCUCUGGCCAAUUUCUACGCGCCGCUGCUGAAAAAGACCGGCGCGGUCCCAGUGGUUGUAGAUACACAUGCAUUUUGGUCAUCCAAUACCAAUAUGACGGGCCUGGGAGACAUUCCAAAUUUUCAAAAGAUGAUCUACAACGGUGUUAGGGAUUACGUUUCAGUUCUAUCCAAGCAUCUGCCGAGGAAGCAGACUCCCAUUGUAGCUCCAAUUGGCAUUGCAUAUUUGACAAUCUACGAUGAAAAGCCAGAGCUCUACCAACAAUUGUUCAUGGAUGAUGGAGUGCAUGCUUCAUUCUAUGGCUCAUACUUGUUGUCAAUCGUUAUAUACACAACAGUUUUCGGGCAUUUGCCUUCGGAUCAAGUUUCUAUCCCUGAACGGAUCGAAAAUUUAUUCGCUAACUCCCGGAAGCUUGUCUACGGGGAGUCCACGGCCGCCUUCCCUAGUUACGAUGAGGCAUAUUAUCUUCGAAAUGUUGCGCGGCGUGUUGUUUUGGGACAUCAUCGACCAAAGUCGUUUCAAUAA